AAAUAAACAAUGACACAAAACACCCGAGAGUCGACAGGUGACCAGUGCCCACUGACGAUUGACGAACGCAGAUUGAUAGAAGGAGUGAACACUGACGCCAACUGUGGUCUUCACACAUUUCUAAAUAAUUUACUUCCUUCUGCAUACGCUGUUUGGUAAAGAGAUUCAAAAUGAAGAAGAAGGUUCUUCUUAUGGGCAAAAGUGGCUCAGGCAAAACAAGCAUGAGAUCCAUCAUUUUUGCCAAUUAUAUUGCAAGAGAUACCCGUAGACUGGGUGCUACAAUUGAUGUUGAGCACUCACACGUACGUUUUUUGGGCAACCUGGUUCUGAAUCUGUGGGAUUGUGGUGGUCAAGAGGCCUUCAUGGAAAACUACUUUGCCAGCCAACGUGACAACAUUUUCAGGAAUGUGGAGGUUCUCAUCUACGUCUUUGAUGUGGAAAGCAGGGAGCUGGAAAAAGACAUUCACUACUACCAGUCUUGCUUGGAAGCAAUCUUGCAAAAUUCCCCAGAGGCAAAAGUGUUUUGCCUGAUUCACAAAAUGGAUUUGGUGCAAGACGAUCAAAGGGAUAUGAUAUUUCAUGAAAGGCAGGAAGACUUAAAAAGGUUGUCCAAACCAUUGGAGUGCACAUGCUUCGCUACGUCUAUCUGGGACGAGACUUUGUACAAGGCAUGGUCGUCUAUUGUGUACCAGCUGAUACCAAAUGUCCAACAACUGGAGGAGAAUUUGUCUGCCUUUGCUGAUAUUCUGGACGCUGACGAAGUCCUACUGUUUGAGAAAGCAACAUUUUUGGUGAUCUCCUACUGCGAAAGGAUCCAGCACCGCGACGUGCACCGCUUUGAAAAAAUCAGCAACAUCAUCAAACAGUUCAAGCUGAGCUGUGGAAAAAUCGGGGCCGCCUUUGAAAGCAUGGAAGUGAGAAACUCUUCCUUCGCUGCCUUCAUCGAAAUGUUCACGCCAAACAUGGUUGUGAUGGUGAUCAUGUCCGAUACUGCAAUUCCGUCCGCAGUGACACAGCUCAACAUCAAAAAUGCCCGCAAGCAUUUUGAGAAACUGGAAAGUCUGGUGACCCCGCACAGAUCCAUGACAGGAGGUACCAGAUAAAGAGAUGGAUCAGCCUCCCUUUUGUCCUCCCAUGCAGGCUAACUAACCCCCUUCAACAUGACUCACCUACUGGCACAAAUCUACCGCUUGUUGUAGAUUCCGCCAGCAGUCUUCAUCACUUGCUCUCACGAUUUGAAGAUUCUUCUGGAAUAUGAGUGUGGUCUUACUCAAUCUGUCCCCGUCAUUUUUUGCGAGAAAAAUUCUGAAAUUAUGCAAACUGAGCCCAAAAAUGUGAAAUUGUGCGAUUCAGUUAAUUUUAACAAAGAACGA